CCCAAGACAAAUUUGCAACAAAAUUGACAUGUUUUAUAGUUGAUCGAAUAUUGUGUGACAUUUUCUGUUUUGUUUUGUUUUGAAAUUUAUAUCUGCAAUGCAUAUUUAAUUGUCAGAAGACGAAACGGGCUGAAAAUCGUUUAGGAAAACGUUGUGUUCAAUAUGAGUUUGUUCAAUCACGCUGGCUGUUCAUUUUGCAUAAUCCUCUUUGGGUAGUCAAUUGGCAUUUGUUUUUAUUGUUGAAUGAUUUACUAGCAUGUCAGCUACGUGGAACCACGGCAAAAUAAGCCGAAAUGCAGCAGAGCAACUGUUGGUAGCGAAUGGCAUAGAUGGGGCAUUCUUGGUUCGUCAAAGCGAGAGUGUCAACGAUGCACACGUCUUGAGUUUGUGGUACGUUUAUCUGAUUAUGUUUGAUGGAAUGGUUCAUCAUUUCAGAAUAUUAAAGAAUGCGAACAAAUUCGUUGUACAGGCCUCGUGUUCAAGCGGUGGUUCAACCAGAUUUUUUAGCACACUUGAUGAAGUGAUUGAACUUUUUAAACAACCCGGUCAAGGACUGCCGCACAAACUUGAGCAACCAAUAUUUUUUGAAACGAUCAAGGAAAUCGAUGAACACGAAACAGAUGAUGAAGAAGAGGAUGGUGAAAUCGAUAUUGUUGACGGACCAGUAGACAUGAAUACAGAUAUCAGUUCAGUGUUUUUUAACAAAAUGGAGGAACUGGAUACGUCAUGCUUGGACAGCGAUUUCUGUAAUAACGUACGAAGCUACUUAAGCGGUGGAUUUGAACGUGACGGGGAGAAGUUAGCUGAAUCAAGGCCAGCUGCUGAGCUUCAAAAACUAGUUGUAGCCUCUGCUGUAGGCUUAAAAAGAGAACUUAAAGUCUUCCUCGAAAGAAUUGAGUUUUUACAAAAACUCUUUUGCACAAACGAUGAAUUUAAGAAGUUGUUAACGGGAAUUGGUGCUGGGACAGCUGCGCGUCAGUCAAGCGAUGUCAGCGAAUAUUGCGAUCUUGUUAAAGACUUCGGCAUAUGCGUUGCCGGGAUGAAAUCCCUUGAGAUAUUGGCUAAGGAAGCCCACAAAGAAUACGGUAUUUUAACGAAUGAUGAGCAAUCGCAGACAAGAACAUUCGAGGUAACAAGCUGUGGAAAUUUCAAAACAAAGUCCUAUCUCAAAGUUGACAUUACUGGAGGAAAGCUUUGGUUUAUGAGGAAUGAGAAUGACUCCCUGGAAGACUCUUCUAUUGUGGAACAUGAUAAAAUUCUACAGGUAGUCAAAGAUCCAGCUAUACCUAAGCUGACCAUAAAGAUACCCAAAGGAAACCGAGAACAUUUAUUCAAAGAUACUCAGGCGCGAGAGAAUCUUUGUCAACUUGUACAGCAUAUGAUGAACACACAUGAUCCAACGAAAAAGGAACCCAAACGUAUAUCAAUAUUCGUUGGCACGUGGAACAUGGGCGGGGCCGCACCACCGUUGAUAGAGUCAUGGUUGAAAUGCAACGGUACUGGGGAAAAAAGAAUAAGUGAUCAAAUCAUGGAGGUCGUUGGACACGACAUUUACGCAAUCGGCACACAGGAAAGUUCGGUCGGCGAAGCUAAUUGGGUUUCGAAGAUAAAAAGAACGCUAAAGAAGUUAUUUAAAAUAGAUUACAACGCGGUGGCAUCUCACUCCUUAUGGGGGAUUCGGUUGGUCAUUCUCGCUAAACAAGAACAUACAAACAGAAUUUGUCGUGUUGAAAAAUCCAGUGUGAAAACGGGAAUAGCUAACACGUUAGGAAAUAAAGGGGGCGUUGGAAUUUCAUUCGAAUUUUUGUCAACGUCAUUAUGUUUCAUCAACUGUCAUCUUACAUCUGGAAAUGAAGAUUUAAGAAAACAAAGGCGACAGCAGAACUAUCUGGACAUCUUAAAAGGUCUUAAUCUCGGCCAUAAAAGUGCUUAUGAUCUAACAAAUCAAUUUCACCACGUAUUUUGGUUCGGAGAUCUAAAUUACAGAAUUGAUUUGGAAUACGAGGAAAUCAUGAAAGCAAUAAGUAGUAUGGAUUACAAAAAGCUAUCCAGUGAAGAUCAGUUAAGGAAGGAAAAAGAAGCUGGAAAUGUUUUUGUCAAUUUUCACGAGUCAGUUCCUCACUUUCCGCCCACUUAUCGAUACAAAAGAGGAACACGCGAGUCGUACGAACAUAUCAAAAUUAAGCGAGCUGCUGGGAAUCGUAUCAAUGUACCAUCUUGGUGCGACAGGGUUUUAUGGACGUCAUUUCCAGAAUUAAACGUCAUGCAGAAUUCGUAUGGUUGUACAAAUGACAUUGUUUCAAGUGACCAUUCACCUGUUUUUGCGUCGUUUGAUGUUCCAAUCACAAGUCAAUUUGUGGCCUCACCCGAUCAAGGUAGGCCAAAGUCCCAAACAAACAAACCUUCGUGCAAAAUAAACAUUCCGUUCAUAAAAGUUAAGGUAAAGACAGUGAGCAAAACUGAUUUUUACCUCGAGUUCCAUUCAGUUUGUCUAGCAACUAGUGAAAGAAGCAAAACAGGCAAAGAUUCCAAUCCUUGGGAACCACCACGCGCUGUCAAUUCGAAUCCAACGCUCACCAGUUACUUGGCAUGGAAUGCUGGAUCUGCACUGCCAGAGUUGAAUCCAAUUCUUGACAAUCCCGAGUAUCUCCGAGAACAACACAUUCUAAUCGCGGUGAAAUCCGAAGCAGGCGAUGAAUCUUACGGUGAAUGUGUAUUGUCGUUGAAAGCACAUCUGUUUCAAACUCCACAAUGCUUCCAGCUAGACCUGACGCAUGGUGGUGUGAAAGCUGGUGAAAUAAGAGGUAGCAUGAAUAUUUUAAAUACGAAACAAUUAGCAGCUUUGAGAAGACCGCCAGUUCAUACAAAGCCUGACACAGGGGGAAAGACACCUAAUUCACCGAAGACAGCACACAGACCGUUCAGUUGUAUCGCAUCAAACAACAAUGGAACUAUUCUAACACCACAAAAGAAGUCCGCAUCUCUUGGUAGAGUACCACCGGACUUGGUUCCUCGACGUGCUACACGCCCUUCAGCGCCCACCGAUACCACAAAUAUAAGCACAUACAUUUCAUUGCCUAGUUUUAUGCCCGACACAGCAUCAAAUGACCCAUCGGAUCAAGGAACGAUAAACAAUUCUUUGAAACCUCCACCUCUUCCCGCAAAGACUAGUAAAACGUUACCGCUUCCACGAACAGUGGGUGAAUUUCUCUCGAAUCUUGGGUUAGAAACUUACCUUCCGAAUUUGGUUGAAAACGGUUUUGAAGAUAUCUCUUUUUUGGAACCUAUUUCUGAUGAAGAUUUGGCAGAUAGUGGUAUAACUGAUGUUGGUCAUAUAAAAAAGAUUUUAGGGCAAGUUGAAAGUCUACGAAAGGCGGGCGUGUUCAAACCGUAGCAAAUUGGAUAUAGACUGUAGUACAUGGUAAAAAAUAUUGCAGUCAACUCAAAUUAAAUCAAACUGAAAUCAGUAAUUUAGAAUAUAAUAUUUCGGAUCGCAUCGCGUAGAAUAGCCUUAUAUAAUUUUACUGUGUAGUAACAUGAAUGUCGCCAAUACUAAUUUAAAACCCUAUUUAAUGAAUUCCUUGAGUCAGCCGUCAGUGUCAUUUUAAUCGAAAUAGGAUGUAAAAAAUACAUUGUAAAUGUAGUUAUUAGUUUACGUCAAUUGCAAUUCGUCGCCUAUGUGAAUGCAAUGUCGUAGGUGGUGGUUGAUUUAGAAGGUUAACAAUAUAUAAUAUAUCCUCUUGACGA